UCGGGAAGACGGCAAAGGCGCAAGCUCGAGAGUGUUGACUCGGCCCCCAAUGUCCAUGGGGCUCAGGGGGAUAAAAUGGUCUCAUAUAAAAAACGCCUGCCUAGGUAGCUUGGGCUGAAAACAGGACUCUCGCCAUGUCCUCGAGUGUGACCCCUUUUCAUCGUCCUCAAUUAGCGCAUUCAACGGAACCACACAGCAACGAUGAGGCCUUCACUCUGGGCAACCGCCGCUCUAUUGCUCGCGGCAAGUGAGUGUACCGAAGUCCUCGAAAUCGAUAUCGUCCACCCGCGCAACGCAACAUACAUAGCCGCUGAGGUCUUCCCCAUCGCUUUCAGAAUGCAGAACUUCAUAUGGCUUUCGGAUGCGGACCUAGAUGGCUUGAGCAUUUUUUGGGGCAUCAUGCCAUACGGUAAUGAUGGCCACACCCCGGGAGGCAUUCAUUAUGAUUCGGGAACGAUCCGGGCCGCAAAUGACAGCAGCAUCCUCGUCGCCACCACCAACGUCACUGAAUGGAUCGGAAGGUCACAGCGCAACGACAGAUACAUGCUCCAGUGGUCCUUGUCGCACGACUCCUGUGGAAAGAAACGCCGCCUGACUAGAGGGAACUUGAUGUUCGAUAUCGCGACCGAGCAGGAGGCGAUAACGUACGAGCCGGGCGAGCUCCACAUGGUUAUGGAUGUCCCCGCGUGCCCCGAAUUUGCAGUGGCCAUCGAAUAUGGAAUAGAUGCGACGGAAUCACAAUGCCUUUUCGGGAAGGUGGUUGAGAAUACGGAAGGCAACCCGUGCCUCAGAGAGCUCAACCGUAAUGUAUAUAGCAGCAUUCUGAGCCACGCAUCCAGCUUGGCCGCUCCGACUUCGACCACAUCGGCGACAUCAACGAGCAGCAGCGCCGGGGUUGGGCCGGCACGUACGGUCCAAACGGCGCUGGCGGCGGCUUGCCUUCUCGGUGGUCUGGCCUUGUAA